AUGUCCUCCCCGCUUUCAAGAGUCGUCGACGCGCACGCCGCCGGCAACGCGUUGUGCCACGUCUCCAUCAUAAUCGAAGCCCAACAGCGAUCGGUUCCUGACCAGCGCCAAAGACAGUCUGGCUCCACAUUUGGCGGCCGAGCGUUUUUCGCGGCAACUCCGAGGUGGAAUGCCACGAGAUGGGCAUUGCUGGGCAA